GCCGUGUCAACGUGACAGUUGUUAACCAAAGAAUUUCAUUACAAUUUAUUUUGGUUAACUUUCGAAAACCUUUAAUUAUUAUUCAGGAGCUCAAUUAUUGUAGUUUACAAUGCCUGAAAUAGAAAGCCUGUCGGAUAUAAGCCGACUGAUAAGUGACAUUCAACAUAAGUAGGUUUUAAAGACACACUUUCCAUCUGUUUGGUCUGCUAAAACACACAUUUUUAUUAUAGAAAGUUUACAAGAUCUUAUGACAUUGCCCUACGAACUGAGGAACUAUUACAAGAAUUAAUUUCGAAAGGCCACUGGAAAAGUGCUAAGUAUAAGGUGUCAUAUUUUUUUGUAAUAGCAGCGCUCACUUUUACUUCCAUAGGGAGCUCAUGAACUUGGUGAAAACAAGGAUACAACUAGUGAGAGAGAAUCUGCCUCAAGAAGCCACUGCACCUAAUAUUAUGAGACAUAUUCUUAAAGUCAUACGAGAAGAAUAUCAGUCUGCAUCUAAGAAAAAAGAUGAAGGGCAAUCACUGCAUGAACUAGUAACAUCCACACCAAGCAAUGUACUAGAUUAUUCUGAUUCACUCAUAAACUUGAGAUCCAGCAUUUUGGAUCACCUAACUGAAUACAAAGUCGAACUUGAAUCUAGCUCUGAUAAUAUUGCAGCUCAAGCCUUAGAGCACAUUCAUACUAAUGAAAUCAUAUUGACUGUAGGAAAAUCAAACACGGUAGAGAAAUUUUUGAAGAGAGCUGCAAAGGAUAGAAUAUUCAAUGUUAUUGUUGUUGAAGGAGCACCACUCUAUGCUGGUCACACAAUGGCAGCAAGCUUAGCAAAAAGCAACAUCCAGACAACUGUUAUUGCUGACUCUGCAGUUUUUGCCAUGAUGUCAAGAGUAAACAAAGUUAUCAUUGGGACUCACACUGUACUAGCAAAUGGAGGAUUAAGAGCUGCAAGUGGAAUUCAUGCAGUAGCUCUUGCUGCCAAACAUUAUUCUGUACCUGUGAUGGUGCUAUCCCAUAUGUACAAAUUCUGUCCAAUUUAUGUAGGAUCGCACAAUCAUGAAGCAUUUAAUGUAUGUGCAUCUCCAGCAAAUGUCAUUCCAUAUGCCUUUGGGCCCAUACUGGACAAAAUUGAAGUGAACAACCCUGUAUAUGAUUAUGUGCCACCUGAACUUGUCACUCUAUUUAUAUCACAUCAGGGAGGAAAUUCACCAUCUUAUGUCUAUCGCCUGCUUUCUGAGCUGUAUCAUCAAGAUGACUAUGACAUUUGACAUGACAUGUAGUUUUUAUAGGAAAUACAAUGCAAUAAAGGUGUUUUUUUUUUAAGACA